AUGGCGGGGGAGCUCCGCGGCGCUCUCUGCCGCACCCCGGCGAAGGCUCCCGCAUCCGGGGUCGGGAGCGACGAGAACGCGCGGCCUGCCGGAGCUUCGACUCCCGCCCCAGCGGAGCCCGUCGCGGCCUCCCGGCCCCCCCUCCGCGCUAUCCAGUCACCGGGGCAGCCCCGGCGGCCGGUGCCGACGCCCAAGAAGGGUCUGAGGGUCAGGGCAGCGGGCAAGACACCGGCGCGGGUCGGCGCGGCGACCACUCCCCUUCGCCCGACCAAGAUCCUGGGGGAGCCGAAGCCGGUGCCGAGGUUGGGGUUCACGACGACGGGGGCCAGUUCUGCGCAGGUCCAACGUUCCAAGCUCCGAGGCUCCAUCUUGCUCCGGGAGGAGAAUCGCAGUGUGCAGAAUGUUUCGUCAGCAUUGCAGCAAGAUGACUCUCAUGCACCUGCAAAGGAACAAGACAACUCAGAAGAUGCAUUGAGCCUGCAGCUGGAGUUGGCCAUAACCAAAACAAUUCUUCUGGAGGAGGUAAAAGCCCGAGCUGAAGCUGACGUCAGGGAAACUGCUGUAGGUGAUGAGCUGAAAGCAGCAAAUUUACGUACCCUUGAAGCUUGCAGGCAGAAGGAAACCACAGAAAAAGAACUGAAAUACACAACAUCUGUUUUAGAGGCCCUUGAAUCGGAGCACGUUGUUUUGAUAAAGGAACUAGAGGAGCUGAAGAAGAACAAUUUCCAAAGCCCGGUAUUUCGUAAGAAGAGGGACGUGGAAACUCUGAUGUUAAACACUGAGCUUGAGCAAGAAAUGGAUGAAAUCCACAGGCAGGCUAUGUGUGAAACGUCUGAGAAGGAGGUUCUUGAACAAUACUUUGUUUCAUUCGUGAGGGGGAUGGAAGAAGAGACUCGUCAGCUCGAGUCCAAACUAGACCAGUCAAAUAGAUUCUAUGAAGGUAGAAUUAAAGAACUGGAGAUAAAGAUGCAAGAAAUGAAUUAUCAGGCUGGAGUGUUACUUAUUUCAUGGAAUAAAGAAAAAGAGAUAUCAGAGGAAAGGAAGACAUAUGCUGAAGAGAAAAAUAAAGUAAUCAAGCUAUUGGAGAUGUCUAAUGAGGAUGGCCAGAUUACUGUGUGUUCAUUAGAAGAAAAGGUGAAAUUACUCGAGGAAGAAGCAGAACAACUCAAAAGGCAACAGGAAAAACUAGAAAUGGAGCUGCAGAAUGCCAGGCAAGAAUUGCUAGUUGUGCCAUCCUCUAGGGAAGCAAAGAGCUCCCUGGAAGACAGAAUGGUUGAUUCACCUGACCCAACCAGGUACCCGAGUAAUAUAAACAAUGGGGUACUGCGUUCUCAGGAGAGUAGAAUAGGUCGAAAGGAGCCUUUUGAAGCAGAGGUAAUGAUGGCAUUCUUUGAAGAGCAAAUGCAAGGAAGCUAUGCAAGCUCAUUUGAAGGUAUAUUCAAAGAAGCUGCAGACGAUUCUCUUGUUGCUUCACAUUUUCUUCCACACAUUACAAGCCAAAUAAAGCCAAAUCCAAAUGCAGUUGAGGAGGCAGUUGACCUAGACACUAUAGCUGUUGAGUCAACUCCUCUAGUGGAACACCAAGAGGAACCUGGUGAGCCUUCUUCUGAUGAGUGCAUGCAUGAGGCCAGCCCAUCAGAUUUAGAGAUGGCAAAGGCAAUUUCAUUAGAAAAGGAUUGCUGGUCAGAGAACUCGGAGUUUGAUUCAGAGGAGCAAGUGACGCCUCCAGCUGUGGAGUCAGUGGUAGAAGUUCUGAAGGAGAAUGAGUUGCCUCCAGUUUCUCUAGUGCGUCCCAAUGAUCCGGUGAAAUACACUUUAGCCACUUGUGAUGAGCUGAAGAGGCUCAGAAGCAGGAACCACUAUGAGGGUGAUAGGACAGCAACAGACAGGAGAUUCUGGUCCAUUGAGCAGCAGGACUUGUACAACUCCAUAUACCGUAGGGCCGAGUUGUUUACUAUGCAGUGGAUAGACUGGGAGUACAUCGAUAGCAUAGAUGAGUUUUCUUGUGUCAGACAGAGAUGUGCCCAUGUGGGGCUUGAGCAGAUCAUGAGGUACCAUUGUGAUUGGGACAACGAAUUGAUUAGGCAGUUUUACUCCACAGUUCAUAUCAGCGACGACAAUAGCUCUAUUACUUGGAUGGCAGAUGGCAGGAGGAUAACUACAAACAAGAGGGCAUGGGAGGAGAUGUUUGGCAUUCCUGGCAGUGUUCACACUGCAAUAAUUCACUCAGAGUUUUUGCUUGAUGAUGAUGACAAGAGGAUCAUGUACACAGCUGCAGAAUGCACAGUAGGCCAAACCAGGGGCCUCUCUCAAUUGGCUAGCAUAGCCAAUAAGAUUAUUCGGAAAACCAUCUAUCCCAGGUCUUAUAGAAGUAAAGUCCAGGGAUACAACUGGAACCUCCUACGUCAUAUUGUGGAGCAGCAUCCAUUUGACAUCAUUGCUUUGAUCUUCGACGAGAUUAAGUUGCUUAUUUCAGAUCACAGCCGCACUUGCCUCUUGUAUGCACCAUACAUCAUGGGGAUGAUCAUGCGAGCUUUUGAAUAUGAUGGACCUAGAGAAACCAGGCACGAUUCCUACAAGCCCAGGCCCGACAAGUCAAAGCAGACAAAAAAAAUUAGUCGUCCACUGGCACCUGCAGUAGUUGCACCUUCUGAGCCACCACCUUCAGCAUGUCAGCCGGAGGUAGAGGCCAAUGUUGAGGCAGAUGACCACAGCCAGUUCGAGGAAGCCGGACACCGGCCCCAGGGAGAGGCAGUGCAGCAUACCAAUGCCUCCUUGUCUUCUCAGAUCCUAGCUCCACGCUCCUCCCUGACACCUUCCCUUGAGGCUACCACUCCCUCACCGCCUCCGGCUCCAGCUGCAUUUCCUGAGCAGGCCAGCAUGAUGCACGCCGGCCUCCGGUGCUUCAGCUCAGCCAGCUGUUUUGGGGCCAAGUCCUUUUAG